AUGAACUAUCAGAACAACAACAUUUUCAAUCCACAAAGCAAUGCAGAAGGCUGGAACUUCAUGGACUACACCAGCAACUCUCAACAACAGUCAUCAUCAGAAGCACCGCUGCAAGAACCUGUUGCAUUUGAAGACUUCCAGUUUAGUUUGGGCUUGGACCCUGAGUUUGCCAUGCCUAUCCCUUUGGAUAUAUCACCACCACCUCCUGCUAUGAAUGAAGGCGAUUUCUACAACAUGGAAGCUGUGCCUGCUCCCAUGAAUCAUGCUGUACUGGAUGAACAAGACCACAAGGCAUUCAGCCAGUUUUUGGAUCAGUUUUUCGUCGACCCAAACAUGCAAAUAGACCCUCAAUAUACAAUGUUCGAUACGCAACAUCCUCCUCCCAUGUCUCUGGAUAACCACCCUUAUCAACAAGCAGACGAGGAAUAUCAUCGUCAGUCUUCCAUUUUGCAAUCUCUGGAUGAGCAAAAGAGAUACUACAACAAGGACACUGAUAUGCACCACCACCAUCAUCAACAGCACGGCCAAUCGUAUCAAGACAGACCUGGUGCUGUCUAUCUUCAGCAAAGUAACGCCAUCACUGCACCCUUUAUCAAAACACCUGUUUUACGUGAAAAUGCAUCUUUGAGCAAGCAAUCAUCAGAGGAGAAUGAUACCUCGCAUAGUCCUGGCUCCAGUCAUAGUGGUGGCAACCAGGGCAACACUAGUGGUGGUGGUGGUGGUGGUGGUGGUGCCAUCAGACGUGGAAAGCCUCACAAGGAGCUAUUGACUGAAGAAGAAAAACGCAACAACCACAUUGCAUCAGAACAAAAGCGCCGUAGUAUGAUCAGAUCAGGAUUUAAGGAUCUAACAGAAAUUGUUCCAACCCUGAAGAACAUCAACAACUCGAAAAGCACAGUUUUGUUCAAAGCAGUUGAUUACAUUAAAUACCUCGAUAAGAGAAAUAGAAACUUGAGAGAAAAGAUCAAGAAUUUGGAAGUACGUGUCGAAGUGGAAGGUCGAAUGGGUAUCUUGAGCAGCAGACCAUCGUCGACUGCUACCAGUCAGCCUUACUACAAAUCAUCCUCCAUACCAGCACCGUCAACAACAGCGGUUGCUCAGCCACGCAGAGUAGAAUCCAGUGCCAUCCAACAUGCAAAUAUCCAUACUACUACUACUACUACUACAUCUACAUCUACUACUACUACAUCUACAUCUACUAAUACCUCAUCAGCAGCACCGCCUACCAUUAGUAACAAGACGGCAUCUGCUGCUCUUUUACAACACAAAACGCAGCAAAAACAGUUGAUGGAGCUCCAGGAAAAGUUACAAUUACAUCAAAAGAUGUUGGCUCAGCAACAACAACAGCAGCACCAGCACCAGCACCAGCACCAGCAACAAAAAUCUUCAGUAGCAGCAACAGAUCUGAAUAGACCAUACCAUAUUUAUGAUCAAUCUCAUCACCACCACCGUUGGCAUAAUGAAAAGACACCUGACACAAAGAUGGAAGUGGAUGCAACCACCGCUGCUCCUCCCAGCGAUUCUUUGAUCAAGGCCACCGUAUCUGCUUGA